AUGGAUAGAUGGAUGGGCAAGGGAGGGAAAGAAGGCAAGGGAGGGAAAGAAGGCAAGGGAGGGAAAGAAGGCAAGGGAGGGAAAGAAGGCAAGGGAGGGAAAGAAGGCAAGGGAGGGAAAGAAGGCAAGGGAGGGAAAGAAGGCAAGGGAGGGAAAGAAGGCAAGGGAGGGAAAGAAGGCAAGGGAGGGAAAGAAGGCAAGGGAGGGAAAGAAGGCAAGGGAGGGAAAGAAGGCAAGGGAGGGAAAGAAGGCAAGGGAGGGAAAGAAGGCAAGGGAGGGAAAGAAGGCAAGGGAGGGAAAGAAGGCAAGGGAGGGAAAGAAGGCAAGGGAGGGAAAGAAGGCAAGGGAGGGAAAGAAGGCAAGGGAGGGAAAGAAGGCAAGGGAGGGAAAGAAGGCAAGGGAGGGAAAGAAGGCAAGGGAGGGAAAGAAGGCAAGGGAGGGAAAGAAGGCAAGGGAGGGAAAGAAGGCAAGGGAGGGAAAGAAGGCCAGGGAGGGAAAGAAGGCCAGGGAGGGAAAGAAGGCCAGGGAGGGAAAGAAGGCCAGGGAGGGAAAGAAGGCCAGGGAGGGAAAGAAGGCAAGGGAGGGAAAGAAGGCCAGGGAGGGAAAGAAGGCCAGGGAGGGAAAGAAGGCAAGGGAGGGAAAGAAGGCAAGGGAGGGAAAGAAGGCAAGGGAGGGAAAGAAGGCCAGGGAGGGAAAGAAGGCCAGGGAGGGAAAGAAGGCCAGGGAGGGAAAGAAGGCCAGGGAGGGAAAGAAGGCCAGGGAGGGAAAGAAGGCCAGGGAGGGAAAGAAGGCAAGGGAGGGAAAGAAGGCAAGGGAGGGAAAGAAGGCAAGGGAGGGAAAGAAGGCCAGGGAGGGAAAGAAGGCCAGGGAGGGAAAGAAGGCCAGGGAGGGAAAGAAGGCAAGGGAGGGAAAGAAGGCCAGGGAGGGAAAGAAGGCAAGGGAGGGAAAGAAGGCAAGGGAGGGAAAGAAGGCAAGGGAGGGAAAGAAGGCAAGGGAGGGAAAGAAGGCAAGGGAGGGAAAGAAGGCAAGGGAGGGAAAGAAGGCAAGGGAGGGAAAGAAGGCAAGGGAGGGAAAGAAGGCAAGGGAGGGAAAGAAGGCAAGGGAGGGAAAGAAGGCAAGGGAGGGAAAGAAGGCAAGGGAGGGAAAGAAGGCAAGGGAGGGAAAGAAGGCAAGGGAGGGAAAGAAGGCAAGGGAGGGAAAGAAGGCAAGGGAGGGAAAGAAGGCAAGGGAGGGAAAGAAGGCAAGGGAGGGAAAGAAGGCAAGGGAGGGAAAGAAGGCAAGGGAGGGAAAGAAGGCAAGGGAGGGAAAGAAGGCAAGGGAGGGAAAGAAGGCAAGGGAGGGAAAGAAGGCAAGGGAGGGAAAGAAGGCAAGGGAGGGAAAGAAGGCAAGGGAGGGAAAGAAGGCAAGGGAGGGAAAGAAGGCAAGGGAGGGAAAGAAGGCAAGGGAGGGAAAGAAGGCAAGGGAGGGAAAGAAGGCAAGGGAGGGAAAGAAGGCAAGGGAGGGAAAGAAGGCAAGGGAGGGAAAGAAGGCAAGGGAGGGAAAGAAGGCAAGGGAGGGAAAGAAGGCAAGGGAGGGAAAGAAGGCAAGGGAGGGAAAGAAGGCAAGGGAGGGAAAGAAGGCAAGGGAGGGAAAGAAGGCAAGGGAGGGAAAGAAGGCAAGGGAGGGAAAGAAGGCAAGGGAGGGAAUGAAGGCAAGGGAGGGAAAGAAGGCAAGGGAGGGAAAGAAGGCAAGGGAGGGAAAGAAGGCAAGGGAGGGAAAGAAGGCAAGGGAGGGAAAGAAGGCAAGGGAGGGAAAGAAGGCAAGGGAGGGAAAGAAGGCAAGGGAGGGAAAGAAGGCAAGGGAGGGAAAGAAGGCAAGGGAGGGAAAGAAGGCAAGGGAAAGAAGGCAAGGGAAAGAAGGCAAGGGAAAGAAGGCAAGGGAAAGAAGGCAAGGGAAAGAAGGCAAGGGAAAGAAGGCAAGGGAAAGAAGGCAAGGGAAAGAAGGCAAGGGAAAGAAGGCAAGGGAAAGAAGGCAAGGGAAAGAAGGCAAGGGAAAGAAGGCAAGGGAAAGAAGGCAAGGGAAAGAAGGCAAGGGAAAGAAGGCAAGGGAAAGAAGGCAAGGGAAAGAAGGCGAGGAGGCACGUUCGUGGCAGCGGAGGCCACGCUGCGGGUAGCGGGUGGCGAGGGCUUUGUUCGGAGAACUGUGGUGCGCCGCAGCCGCGUCGGCGAGCGGCAAGUUGCUAUUAAGUCUGAGCUGAAGGGACUGAGUUGA